AUGCAUUUAUGGCCAUUCAGUCCACCUCAACUUCUUAAAGUGUCCCCUAGAUCAACAGCACUCUCCAACGAACAGAUUAACGAUAAUGAAAUAAAACAAUGUCUCACAUUACCUCAAUCUAACGUAACAAUUUUUCUACAUCCAUGUAGAGUUCAAAUUUACAAUUUCAAACCAUUCGCCUUGGUAGCAUCCCAUGAAAGAACUCAAAAAUCAAUAGAUGAAUUUGGUCAGAAUAAAUUCAUGGUAAGUUCAACAUCCUUCUCACACCCAAUCAAAGGAUUAAUGAAUGAGGAAGAAACUAUAAAUAUAACUGCUUCGUUACAAAGGAAAUCUAUAGUCUAUGUGAUUACUGAAAAGAACUACAUUCUAAUUUAUCAAAUCUUGAAAAAUUCAUCUAAUGUAACCAUCUUCCAAGACUAUGGUAUUCUUGAUUUAGGUUCCAGUUUUUCUAAGGAACCAUUGAGCAACGAAUUUGCUAUCAGCCAAGAUAGUAAUGAUGAUGGUAAUGAUGAUACAGAUGAUGAUACGUUGACCGUUUAUGAUAAAAACAACACUUCAAAGAUUAUCCAAAAUGGGUAUAUUGUAUCUAAGGCUAAGGGAUUUUUGAAUUUUCUUACCAAUACUCAAGACGAUUUAGCUGAAUUACCAGUGAAAAGAUUGGAACUUCGUUUGAAAGUGGUAUUGAAGUUUGAUUAUGAAAUUUUAGAUGUGGUUGGCUUCAAGAGAUUUGCCAAAAUCGGAGAUGGGAAAUUUGAAGAAAAUUUACUUAUAUUGUUCCCUCAUGGAUUGCAAAUCCUUAAUCUAAUAGAUUUCAAAUUAAAUAAGAGUCACCUUAUAAAUAUUAAAGACUCUAAAAGGAUUUGUAUUUUACAAAAUCAAUUGUUUGUAAUUGCUGAAGACAAAGAGAAAAAUAAAAUUACCAUACAUGAAAUUGAUGCAGAAAAUCAAAAAACAGAAGAAAUAACCAUCGAUGGUACUUCAAAACCAUUUAAGUCAUGCUUUACAUUUAAUAAGAGAAUUGUUUUCAUACACGAGAAUAUUGUCAGAUUUUAUGAUCCUAUCAAGAAGAAACUCUCUCAUUCAUGGAAUACCUCAACGAAGAAUAAUAUUUGUAAACCUUUGAAUGAUGAUGUACUCUUGGUAAUUUCAGAAGAAAACAAUUUCUACGUAUUUACAAAGUUUGGUAACCAAUUAGUUUCAUAUGAGAAAACCCAUGAAUCAGAUAAACAACCUGCACUUAAUUAUUCAGAUUUUUCAUUUUGCAAUAAAACAUUAAUAACCACAUCAAAGAAUGGAGAUUAUAAAAUAUGGCCAUAUUGGGAAGAAUCCAAACAGCCAUUUUCUGAUUUCCGUACCACAAAACCAUACAUUUUGCAUAAUAAUAAAAAUGAAAUAUUAUUAUAUUCCCCAACAAAUGAAUCUACAUCAAAUAAAGAUAUUUUCCAAUCUAUACGGUUACCGACAAAAACAAUAAAUAACUACUACCCUCUAGUUAGACUUAAUUCCACAUCAAAACUUUUGUCCACAUUUAUUGCGAAUAAGAAUUUAUUGUUAAUAUAUAAUACCGACACCAAUAAUUGGUAUAAUUUCCCACAUGUUACGAUCCUAGAUAUGCAAUGGUUGGGCCAUACAUAUUUAGUUUGCUAUGCACAGAAAGAAGAUGGAUCGAGAUCAAUUCAAUGUUUAAAUUUUCCCUUACAAAACUUAGGAAACCGUGAAUUUUCUGAUUUAAUUAUUUGGGAAUAUGAUUUAACUGAAGACAUGAACGUUAUUAGUAUCCAUGUGAACAGUUUGUUUAAAUAUAAGCUAUUGAAAUUGAAGAAUAAAGAUGAAAAAAACUCUACUACACCAAAUGAAGUUUUUUUCAAGACUGCUGAAAUUAUACUGAUUACUAAUCACGAACUUAUUGUACUUGAUGUUAUAUCUACAAUCCAUUUAUCUGGAAUCAAUAUCAUUAAGAAAUUGCAUCAAUUUGCUAGAGUGACUCUUCCUGAAGAUAUCGAUGGAAGAGAUAUCAAAUGGGUCACGAAUUAUAGAGAUGGAUUAUUAUUUUUGUCAGAUGAUAAGAUAUUUAAGAUUGAGAAAAUAGCUAGUGAGGAAUGGCUAUCUGUAAUGUUACUGGAGAAGGUGGAAAGAAUAAUCGAUGUUCUUCGAGAAGAGAUUUAUCUAAUCCAUGAGAAUAAAUAUACUAUCUAUAGAUUAGAUGAUUUAUGGGAUGAUAAAGAACCAAUAUUGACAAUUCCAGUGGAAGAAAAUUCAUAUAUUAUAUCUGCCUCCCCAGGAACAGCAACAGCUUAUACAUUGGAAUGUGUCUUCACAGAGGGUUCAUCUAGAUUAGUAGUGAAACAUGACAUUUAUUUGGAUAAAGUUAUAUGUGCAAAGAUAGAGCAAGAGGUAGAUCCGGAGGAAAUUACAAUUGAGUUCCGUCAAUUGAAACAUUACAAUUUUGCCCUAGAGAAAAUCCUAUCCUCUAAAAUGCUAUCGGAUGAUCCGUUGGAUAAGAUAAUAGCGCUGAUAAAAUACAGUGAUGAAUUCGGUGAUCCUACCAAACAUACCAACUUGCUUGAGAUUGUAAGCAACUGUUUAAGGAAGAUUGAGACAAAGUACUGGAAUAAACUAUUUACCAGCUUGCAAAUGACCCCUAGGGACCUAUUAGGAUAUUGCAUUGAUGGUAAUGAAUCCAGGAUAUUGGGGAUAUUAUUUUUGGUGUUUCUAAAUUAUGAUGAAACGGAUCUUGUACAAGAUUUGAAGAAAAAUGCUUCUACUUCAGGAACCGAAACAAUUCCUGAAGAUGAAACCGUUACACAGUACAAAACAGAUAAUUCUGUAGUUAGUCUAGUGAAAGAUGAAGAACUAAUGUUACAAAUACUUCGUGUAUUAGUUACUAGUGCCGCAACAGCAACGGAUGCAACAAAGGCUGUCGACGCGUGGGAUAUGUGUUUCCAGUUAGCCAGACUAAUGAAAGAACUAGAUAAAGAGAAUAAUACUCAAUUAGUUCAAGACGCUAUGAAAAUGUUCCAGUGA